UACCACUCGAAGCUUCAACUUCACGUACGUCACGGACGACUACUCUCCUGACCAUCAAAAUCGUUGAUUCGUCGCUCAUUUUUACCUCUUCUACGGUCGCUUUAUUAUCAUCCGCACGUCCCAUUACUUCUUUGCCCUGUUCGCGCGACUGUCAAGCUGUGUGGCGCAAUGGUCCCCCAAGUCAAGCAGGAUCCGGAUGCCCAGUCGCCAUACAUCAAGUCCGACCCAUACAUCAAACAAGACCCCGAUAGCAAAGAUGCAGUACUCGCCGAUAUUGAUGAUGAAGAUCUGUACGAAGAUGCGGGCGAUCUAGAUUUCACGGCUGCAAAUCAGAACGUGUGGCUUUCACGGAUUCCCCGGUCGCUAUGGGAACAUUGGUCGCAUCUGUCAAAUAGCGGCGGCGACGAUGAUGAGGAAAUUCAGAUUGGGACAAUGAGAAUUGAAGGCACGCCGAAUGAUAUCAAACGGGUCAGUCUGCGCAUAAACGGGCGGGACGACAAUCACGAAAUCCCCAAGGAUUACCUAUUGCAGCGGCAAACGAUAACUGCUGAGAACGUUUCACACUUGACACAAAAUACGUAUCUGUUUACCGAGAGGGACAUUCCCGGUCAUGAGAACCGGAUGGUGGUCUUUGGAGAGGCGCGUUCUGCACUCUAUGAGUCGAUGAAGCGGGAAAUGAAGAAAAAGGAGCGCAAGAAGAAAUGGGAACCCUACGUGAGGAAGACUGUGCCGAAACAAACGGCUUUGGUAGGAAGCGUGAGCGAAGAGUUCAACUGCCUUCCGGUUGAAAAUGAGGAAUUCCGACACUUAUCCGAAAAGAAGGCUCUGGAGGCGCUCAAACCGAAGCGUGAGACUGUCUUUAUCGAUAAGCUUCCAGGCAAGCUGCUCCAACCGCGGAAUGCAUUGCCCGGAGAAAAGGGUGCAUUUGUGCAAGCAACAAGGCCCCUCAAGCUCAAGACCCAGGAGAACAAGACGACGCGUAUGCCUCAGAACGAGCUGUUGGAUCUUAUCUACGGGUGUUUCCGAGAGUACAAGUACUGGCCGUUUAAGAACCUCAAGGCGAGACUGCGACAGCCAGAGGCCUAUCUUAAGCAAACAUUGGAGAUGGUAGCGCACUUGGUCAAAGCCGGUGACUUUGCUAUGACCUGGGAGUUAAAGCCAGAAGCCAGGGAAAGCCACUACUCGGAUGCAAUGUUCAGCAAUCCCAAAGAAGAACUUGCCCCGGGACUGGAUUACAACUUCGACGAUGCUUCGGAUGAGGAGGCCACACCUUCCGGCAUGGUUACAGAUAAUGACGACACACAGUUCGAGAACGCUUUCUGAAGCGCAAGAAAUCUAUGUAGCAUAAGGACCAUGGCGUUUUCUUUGGGAGUUUCUUGGGUGAUUUGAUAAAGGCUGCUUUAGAUUUAUUCAUGACGGCUUAGAUGACUACCUAGCCCAGUAUCUAGCACGCAUAUUACCCAAACCAAUAUUAUGGAGCUGGGAGGCUUCAGUCGCUGAC